AUGUCAUGGGAAAUGGAAUUAGAAGAAAAUAUUUUAGAAGAUUUAUAUUUAUGGAUUGAUAGUUUACCUUUAUCAAGACCAAAAAAACGAAUUGAAAGAGAUUUCUCUGAUGGUACAUUAGUUGCUGAAAUAAUUCGUUAUUAUUUACCUGAUUUAGUUGAAAUGCAUAAUUAUACCCCAGCGAAUUCGUUUCAACCAAAAAAAGCGAAUUGGGGAAUGUUAAAUCGAAAAGUUUUAUCCCAUUUUGGUCUUGAUUUACCUGAUGUUAAAAUAGCAGGUCUUGCUAAUGGUCAACCAGGACUUAUUGAAGUUCUUCUUUAUAAUUUAAGAUUAAAAAUCGAUGAAGAAUUAGAAUUACAACAAAAAAUUCAACAACAACCAAAUUCUCAACAUCAUAUGAUAACUCCACGUCAAUCAUCUGUUUCACAUAUGGGAACAAUAUCAAAAACAAAUCAAGUUCCAUUAUUAUCAAAUCGAUCAAAUAAAUCAAUUCGAUCAAAUAAAACAAAUGAAAUAUCUCAUAAAGAAGUUUCACGUCUUGAAUAUGAAGAAAUUAAACAACAAUCUUUUCAACAACAAGAAGAAAUUGAAGUUCUUCAUGCGAAAAUUCGUCGACUUGAACAUGUUCUUCAACUUAAAGAUAUUCGAAUUAGUGAAUUAUCAAAAGCCGUAGAAGAUAGUAGACCAACAAGACCAACUGCUACCAAUAAAAAAUAA